CGCCUCCCGGUUCCGCAGUCACUUCCUGCAGCUGUUUCCCUGUGGGUCCGGUAGGACUGACUUUUGAGUCAGCCCUCAGCUGCGGAGAGGGCUCGGCGGGGCCAGCUGGGAAAGUUGCGCCGCGGGAGGCGGGGUUGAGCCUGACCGGCCGGGCGCGCAGGGGAGACGGCUGCGGGCGACCCGGGCGGACGCGGCGCCCAGACUCCCGGCGCGUCCGGCGGGUUCCGGUUGGGAGACGUAACUUCGCGCGCGCACCGGAUUAUGCCCAAGGCUUUUCUACCCAAUGAUCCUCUUGCAACACGCCGGGCUGCCUCUGCCUAAGCGGCCCUCAUCCUCUCCUCCUAUGUCAGUGGCCGCCAGGUCUACAGGGACCUUGCAGCAUCCACCGCAGAGGCCUUUCGUGCAGGAGGCUUCCUUACCGCUGGCAGGGGAAGAGGAGUUACCAAAGGCAGGGGAGCAGGACCCUACCCUGGAGGAUCUGUGUAAGCCCCUUUACUGCAAACUCUGCAAUGUCACCUUGAACUCAGCGCAGCAAGCCCAGGCGCAUUAUCAGGGUAAAAAUCAUGGUAAGAAACUCAGAAAUUACUAUGCAGCAAACAGCUGUCCUCCUCCUGCCAGAAUGAGCAAUGUGGUAGAACCUGUGGCCACGCCAGCUGUUCCAGUCCCUCCACAGAUGGGCUCCUUUAAGCCGGGUGGCCGAGUGAUCCUGGCCACAGAGAAUGAUUACUGUAAGCUCUGUGAUGCCUCCUUUAGUUCUCCAGCUGUGGCUCAGGCUCACUAUCAAGGGAAGAAUCAUGCCAAGAGACUGCGGCUGGCGGAAGCUCAGAGUAACUCAUUCUCGGAAUCCUCAGAGGCCGGUCAACGGCGGGCCCGGAAAGAAGGGAAUGAAUAUAAAAUGAUGCCUAAUAGGAGAAAUAUGUAUACAGUACAGAAUAAUACAGGUCCGUACUUCAAUCGCCGCUCUCGGCAGAGAAUUCCGCGUGAUCUGGCCAUGUGCGUUACUCCAAGUGGCCAGUUUUACUGCUCGAUGUGCAAUGUUGGGGCUGGCGAAGAGGUGGAAUUCCGGCAUCAUUUAGAGAGCAAGCAGCAUAAAAGCAAGGUGUCUGAACAGCGGUACAGGAAUGAGAUGGAGAAUCUGGGCUAUGUAUAGGGAUCGUUGUGUUCAGAUAGAGCAGCUCGUCCUGCCUGUUAUUUGCCUUCUGUCAACAUGCCCUGCUUUGUGGUCCUUUUGAUAUAAGUACUUUCCUCUGCUUAAUGUUAAUACAUGUAACUGCAGUGGUACCGUGAGAUGUCAACAUUGGGGAAGGACAAGAGCGUGCUUCUUAGGUCAUGAUGCUUUUUCAGGUCAGCUGUGUUGAGUUACUUAGAGCAUGUGACCUCCCUACCCCAUGAAAAAUAAAUUUUUAUCUUGACCAAGUUCUGGUCAGUAAGAAGCCUGACCACUUAGAGCUUUAACUAUUUAAAAAUCUCAUCUUCUUUUGCAAUUUUGUGUACUGUUAAGGAUUUUAUUGAGUUCUUCAGAUCACAGUAAAAACAGGUAAGCAGAGAUUUCACUUUCCCAAGGCUCCUUUGGAACCUCACCUCAACUCAAUAUCUUGUCGGUAGGACAUACUAUUAUAAACUGCAUUAGGGUCUUUCCCAGGACAUUUUUCCUCUUAUCAUGUCUUCCCAUGAUUGAGAUGAAGGUUUUCUUGGAUUCAGACACCUCCAAUGUCCUUGUGGACUUCCAAACAGUGUAACUUCAUAUCCAGUUAUGGAUUUCACAUGUUUAAAUGCUACCUUUCCCCAUCCUCAUCACCCCGGUUGAAUUAGCUUGUCCCAUAAGGUCAUUUUCAUGCCCCAUCUAUGUUGUGGGAUUUCCAAGCCCCACAUUUGAAUAUCCAAUGAAUUUAAGAUAGAUACGAUAUUUUUUUAAAAAAAUAUUUUUCAGCUGGUUUUAGGAAAUGUAAAGAUGUGUUUAAUUUUUCAAUUUAGAGUUACUUAGUUGAUAAUAACUUGUUACUUAUAUGAUGGCCUCAGUCAUAAAUUUAGAUCUCUGGGUAUUUGGUUUGGCAGACUUUGUAGAUACACUGAUCCUUAUAUUUUACUUACAUUCAUCUGUGUGUUGUUAGUUGGCUGUCCUGAAAAAUACUGUUUCAUAGAGAGGAAUUUUUAAAAAGUUGAUUCAAUUUCAUUAUCAUUUCAAGUAUAAAAAUACAUGAACUUUGAUUUCAUUCUUUCUAAUUCAGCUUCCUUGAAAAUAGUAGAAAUACAUUAUAGAUUACUUGUUAUCUGAUAAUUACAGCAGUAUUACUAGUUUUGUAUUUUUUUUAAAGCUCUAAUGUAUGUCUAGAUUAAGUAAUGGAGUACUCUAUGAACUUUCAUUAACUGUAUUUUACCUACUUACUGUAUUUACAUGGAUAAGGCGGGUGCUCAUCCAUACUUCUUUUGAAAGGCCACAAAGAAGUUUAUGUUGAGCAGUAUUUUUGCAUUAUGGUCAAUUCAUACUUGAUUGCUUAUUAAAAAAUGCCAAACUCCCGUUUUCCUUUGAGAAUUCUAUAUGCAAAGAGAUGGGGAGAAGGAAAAUUAUAGCAGUUCCUUUCUUUAAUACUUCUAAACAAUGUUGAAUGCUCUAGACCAGCCGUGGGCAAACUACGGCCCGCAGGCCGGAUCCGGCCUGUUUGAAAUGAAUAAAACUAAAAAAAAAAGACCGUACCCUUUUAUGUAAUGAUGUUUACUUUGAAUUUAUAUUAGUUCACACAAACACUCCAUCCAUGCUUUUAUUCCGGCCCUCCGGUCCAGUUUAAGAACCCAUUGUGGCCCUCGAGUCAAAAAGUUUGCCCACCCCUGCUCUAGACUCAUGUUUAAAAUUCAGUUUUGUCAUUAACUUCUGGUACAGUAUCAAGUCACUCUUCUGUUGGAGUGAUGGUUUUUGAAAAGUAAAAUUAUUUAAUAAUAUUUUUCUCUCCCAGAAACAGAAGAAUAAUAUUCAGUUGAGAUUCUCUUUAGAGCGGUGACUCUUAGCAAAAUAAUCCUUUGUGCAGUAAUUUAUAAAAUACAGUUGAUGAGUUUAGGGCAAUUUAGAAUUUAUUUUAUUGGUCAGUACGUUAUUCAUUUUGCUGCUAAGUAUAAUUUUUUGGUAGAUUUUAAUAUUACAGUGCUGGCCACUUGGUUCUAUGAUUAUUUAAAAAUCCCAUUUUCCCUUCUCUCUGUAUGUGUAUUUAUAUACAUACAGACACAUGUAUAAAAUUAUAGGUAUAUGCUUUUAUGUGUUACCACAGAGAAGAUUUCAUUGAAUUCUUAUUUCAGAUAACAGUAAAAGAUUGUGGAUAAGAAUUUGCAUUUUGUAAAAGUGACAUUCAUCCACUUUCAGUUUUUCCUUUGCAAAUAAAAUUAAAGGAAGGGUUUUCCUCACUCUCCCCACCUAAUAAUUUCAUUAUAUAUACAAAAACCAGUGGGUUUAAGGCCUUGAUGUGUUUUCCUGGCCUUUCGUGUUCAGGUUGCCAGUCUCCCAGUGCUCUUAAUGGAUGUUAGGAAUGCAUAAACGCAUUUUCUUUGAAAGAAAAAAGAUCUAUAGUGUUAUUUCUUACUUGCUAUAUUUCUUUGCACUAAAAAAGAGCUAUGUGUUUGUUUUAUAUGAACACUUUAGAUACCAUAUUGCCUACAAUAACUUGGUUUGCUCCUUAAUUUCUAAACUCUAGGAAGUUGGUAAAUAACUUCCGUGAUCAUUUAUAGAAGUUACAUACACAUCCCCCUAAAAAGCCCCUACACAUCUCUGUGACAGUGGGUUGGGCUCGAUACCUUGCGAUGGUCUGUGUUCCAUAGGUGAGACAAAGGGUGAGGCUGUCAGAAAGGAAAUGCCUGAAUAAAGACAUUUCUACAUGGUGCAGUUUCUCAUAUCCACGCAUCCCUCAUAGACGGUGUUUUCCCUGUUGGAGAGCUUGUUGUGACUACUGCAGUCCGUGACUUGUGAUCUCUGUUGAUUUCAUUUGUGAAGUCCAGUCUUGCUCUGUAACGUGCUUGAGACUUUGCACCCUGUGUUCCCCAGGAAUCAUGUUAGUGUCUUUUAUAUGCUGUGUACAAGGACAGACUAAGGCCCAACUGACGGAACAUCUGGAGUCAAUUAAAUUAAAUAGAUUUCAGUAAUCACCUGCAAGAACUCAUGGCAUCCAAGUCUAUCUUCUCUGUGAAUAUCUUUGUGUAAGUUGUCAUUGUGAGAAGAUGACAGAAACUCUGCUAACAUAUUGAGGGCAAGAAGUUGUAAAGGAAAAAUUCCAUGUCCCAAUUAAAAGAUUGGAUUGCAUAUGCCUUCUAAGUGUUGUUUCCCCCCCCCCCCCCCAAAAAAGUGAAGCUAUAAAACUGAGUGUGCCAUGUACUCCUUUUGACUCCACAUUGAACAGAAAAUACGUUACUGGUCUUGUCUUUGUACAUCACAUACUGCAACUUGUAAAUAUGUGCAUGUUGUUUAUUACAUUUGUCUGCCUGCCUCCUCUUGCACUGAAUUCUCUAAGUGAAUACUUUUUGUGUACCACCCAUUUUGAAAAAGUUCCUCCUCCAAUUCCUCACUCUCUCCCCUUCUAAUGAGAUGGUACACGUAGAAAACCAAUUCGGAUUCUGAACUCUGAGAGUGAGUGAAGAAUCGUGGCUGAGGUCAUCCUUAUGUCCCUCUGACUUGAACAGCUAAAGGAAGCAUGAGAUCUUCCACCUUAUUCUGCAGAGCUGUUCUGUGGCUGGUACACUUGCUGUAGUUACCCAGCUACACUUUGAACAGAGAUCAAAUAUAUAUAUAUAUAUAUAAUCUUCCUCUGAAGAUAGAGUUUAAGGAUUAGCUGUGGGAUUUAUGAUUCCGAAUUGGCUGGAACAAUGAGCAACGGACAGUUUGAGGACUGUCCAGCGACCUGUGUAAAAUGAGUUUGCUUAGAUCAUGGGAGAACUGUAAUCGUCCUGCAUAGCCUUCUCCACAGAGCAGCCUAGGAAAGGUGGGUUUGGAACCUAAUCUAUUUUGUUUCCUCAGAACUUCAGCUGGAAGUACUCGGUAAAGAACUUGGUGAGACAUAUAAGGACAGAGCUACUUUAGAAAUUAGACAAAUGUUUCGUUAGUAUAGGGAAAGUUUAAUGUUGAAGAGAUGUUUAAAAAUAUUCUACCUUACAAAGAUUUUUUUUUUUUUAGCACCAGCCAAAUCACUGUUACGGAGUUUCAUACAUAAUAGUGUUUUGUUGUUGCUUUUAUUUUUGGCGGUGGAUCCCUACUAUUGGGAGUUAUCGGUCUAACAAAAUGGACAAAUAUCUGUGUAAAUAGCUUCCCAUAUAUUUGUUCUGAUAGCUCUUUUGACUUUUUCUUCCCAUUUUGAAUAGGAGGAUCAUUGUAAACCCCCUUUCUGGGUAGCCACCAAAACAACAACAAAAUACUGGCUUAUAGUCCAUGUGACCCUGUUUUGUUAAGCCCAGAAUAUGAGUGCCUUUAGCAAGUUUUAGCAUUUCACAGAGAGAAGAGAUGUUAUAAUUAUUGUCAUUAAUCACAGUUCAUUACACAGAAGCUUGGAAAGGCAAAGGUCUGUGUGAAUUCUAUGUUCUAUACCUUUUUUCCCCCCUCUUAAUGCUGUCUCAAUUUGAUAUUGAAUAAAAGUAUUAUUAGUGUUGAUCAGGAACCAUACACCAUGAAAAUGAAUUCAGCUGUCUAGACUGGCAACAGUCACAGAUUAUUUUUCACCUUUAUCUGUGUUACAUUUAUAUUUAGUGAAGGGUGGUGUGGUGGGUUGGGAAGAGCUUGUGUCUUGUGUAGAGAGAAGAGAAUUAUGUAUUACAAAUAAGUGAGGGAAGAGAUUGUCAUGCUCAGUAGGUAUUAAGUAUGUUACUUUGUCUCUACGUUAAAAAAAGCAUCUUCCCAAAUCAGGUCUGAGGACUCUUAAAGCGAAAAUUUUCCUACUUCAGAUAACUUUUAAAAUUCCAAAUUGCUGAGUACUUUGAGUCUUUAAAACGUACUACUAAAUUUAUUGUAGAAAUUUAGCAUUUUAUUAUGAAAAUUUUCAAACACAUCAAAAAUUUUUUACAAUACACCCACCCCUAGAUUCUACAAUCAAUAUUUUACUAUAUUUGUAUUACCACAUAGCUAUCCAAUCCUCUAUUCACCCACCAUUCCAUAGUAUAUUUUAAAUAUACAUUUCAAUGUAAAUUUCAGACAAUACAUUUACCUUAAACACUUUAGCAUAGGUGUCGUUAACUAGAAUUUAAUAUUUGUUUAAAUAUCAAUAGCUUUUAAAAAGCAGCAUCUCAAUGAUAAGUUUAGAUCAUAUGUUUCUUGAACUCAUGAAAUUGAUAACCUGAGCCAGUUAACAUACAGUUUUUCUUGUGUGGACUUUAGCCUUCCAGUUUCUGUUUUUGUAUGUGUUUAGAGUGAGGGAAGACAACUUUCAAACUGAAGUUUUCUUGAGUUGGUCAUUUUAAAUGCUUAGUUGUCAUAUGUCUUAAAGUUUCAUGACAAUAAUUUCUCCCUUAUCCCUGUUGUUAUGAUGUAUGUUGCUGAACUAUGCAGCUUCUUUAAAAAAUUGUAAGUUGCUGAUUGGGGUUUAUUAAAUCAGCGUAUACCUCAUUUCAACCUGCUGCUGCUUUUCUCAUCUUAAUCAUGUUUCCUUCACUACUUUCACCUGUUCUACCAGUAAGUAUAGAGUCAAACCCAUAGAUGGUUAGUUGUUUUAAAUAACUUUAGAUGAGCAGAUUAAGUAGUUUAGAAAGUUAAAACCAUUCAUUUCUCUAAAGCCUUUGAGUUCCCUGACAAUGGUACUUGCCCAUGCUUCCUCCAGCCAUAAUUAGCAGGAUUGAAAAUGACUGUACUGUACAAUGAGUUGUUGAAAUUGUGAGCCUUAGUACCCAUCUUUAGCUUUACUCUAGUACUGUCUGGAAAACUUUUUUUUUUUUUUUACAUAUGCCUUUAUUAUGGCACUUUUUUUUGGUGGGUAAAGAAUUUAAGUGACUUGCUCCAGGGCAUGAAGAUGCAAUGGAUAUGUCAGAAUGGAAACUUCAAUGUUCUUGAAUCUUAUACUUGUGCUAUUUUGAUAAGAUUCAAGGCUUCUAAAAUAACAUUUUCUUUGGGGCCCUUCAAAGGAAAUUAUGAAUCUUUAGUAAUUAGACUUUUCCUUUUUAGGCAUUUCGUAUCUUUUUGAACUUAAAGAUCUUUUCAUGGUCGUAGUUCCCAUUAAGCCAAUGAAGUUGCUGAAAAUAGAACUUUACUGUUGAAUACUAAUGAAUGCAGUUUUUAUCGGAUUUAUUUUUGCAUUUCAAUGACUUUCAUGAUUCAUUCAUAAUUCUUUCUAUGUAAGUGCUUAAGUGACCCCCUCACUAGUGAAAAUAAAUGUUCUAUAUCACUGGUUAUAUGUAUAUUCUCUACAUGAUCUAUUUUUUUAAGGAGAAGUAACCCCAUAUGUCAGAAGGAAUGAUAAUAUCCUAGGGCAAAGAACAUAGAAAGUUUAUUUCUACUCUGCAAAUCUGGCAUGUACAGGAACAAAACUCUUUUAGAGGGGCUGAUCGUUGUUUGCCUUCUCUUGGUACUUGAGCUCCUUCCUGUGGUUUUGUAAAUCCGUGUGUCAUUUUAUAAGAAUUUCAUGUUGAUUCUGUGUAAAUUGGUGUUUACCUUGUGGUAUCCUCGGCCGCCCACAAUAAUUUAAUUUGGGUAUGGUGUGUCUGCUUUGAAAUGCCUUACUAGAGUAUGUCAGACUGCUCUAACGCAUUCCUUUUAUCUGCUAAGACAAUACACAUUGUCUCUCUUGGCUGUAUGCUCUAGGUCCAGAAGCAAAAACGACUUUGCUUUCACUGUUAAGGUUGCAUUUUAGUGCAGCUACUGUUCUAAAUUAGAGAAUAAAAUCAUGGAAAAGCAAGGGUGACAUUCAAGCCCUUCAUUUAAUGGCAUGGCAAGCUUUUAAAACAGUUUGUGCUAUUUCGCUAGAACAAUGUCUCUAGUAAAGUCCAUAGCUAAAAAAAAAUAAAAUAAAAUAAAAGCCAGCCAAAACUGUGUGAAAUUGGGGAUGCUCCCUAAAAUGAUUUCUCAGUGUCCUACAGGGGUUUAACAUGGUGUGUGCGGUUGGUGCCAAGUGCCAGUCCACGUGUUGGAAAUCUGCUUCUGUUCUGGGGCUACAGAAAUGACAAAAGUGUCAUGGGAUUAAAACCAAUCAACUGUGAAUUGUGAAAUUGAAAUUGCUCUUUUGGUUUUAUGUUCUUCUGCACAUUGAAUUAGAAAUCAAAAAAGUUACUUAAAAUUUAUACUGCUGAUGUUGAUGGCUCGUUCUGGCUGUGUAUCCUCACCAUGUAUUGAUUUCUGAUAAAGGCUUGACGUUAUUAUAACAGGCAUUUUGUGUUCAAUUGAAUAAAACACUUUCUGAGUCUUGUCUGCA